AUGAAGUUGCUGACAAGACCGCUCAGAUUGUUGAGGUCUUCGAGGGAGCCGAUUUGGAUGUUUCUGGAUCCCCCUGAAGAGUUUCACGACGCUUAUGAGGUGAUGGAGGAUUAUGAGGAGGUGGUUGAUGGCGAUAACAACAAUGUGGAGGCUGGAGUAGAAGCCGAGACCGAAGGUGUUCAUCCUGUUGCAAUUGUCGAUGACGAGAAGAAGGAAAAGGAGAAGGAGGUUGGAAUUGAAGAUUCUUGGGAGAGUAUCCAAGUCGAAGCUGAGUCUGAUUCUGAAGUUGAAGUCGAGGCUGAAUCUGAGGAGGGAGAAGAAGAGGACGAAGAUAAAGAAGAUGAUGAUGAAGAAGACGCUGAAGAGGAGGAUGAGAAGAGAGUGACGCCGAAGAGAAAGCAGAUGUCGCAGCAGCCCCAAUCACUACCGAAUGACCAUGAAAAGAGCAAGAUGAAGCGACAAUGA